GCGGAGCCUUUUCUCGCCCGGUGGUUGGGCGGCGCCGGCUGCCGGCUGAGGACAGCGCGGAUGGGCCGUUUCCCUUAAGAUCGCCCCCUUCCCCGGGGGUCGGCGGCUGGUUUUCGGGGCGCCCCAGGAGCCUGCCUGCCGCAGCCAGCGAGACUUUGCACGGGCGGGAGGAGCAGCCCGAGCCGGCGGCGCGGACCGGGGAAAGGAUUAUAAAAGUCGGGGAAAGUUCCCUUCCCGGCCCCCCCCCGCGGACCAUGGCAGGGGGCGGUCGCUGGCAGCCCCUGUUGUGCAUCCUCCUCGCUCUCCAGGGGACCCCCGGCGCCGGGGCUCAAGAUGACGUUUCGCCAUAUUUCAAAACGGAGCCGGUCCGGAGCCAGGUCCACCUGGAAGGGAACCGCUUGGUCCUGACCUGCAUGGCCGAGGGCAGCUGGCCACUGGAGUUCAAGUGGCUUCACAACAACAAGGAGCUGACCAAGUUCUCGCUGGAAUACAGGUACAUGAUCACAUCACUGGACCGCACCCAUGCCGGCGUCUACCGCUGCAUCGUCCGCAAUCGGAUGGGGGCCCUCUUGCAAAGGCAGACGGAAGUCCAGGUGGCAUACAUGGGCAGCUUCGAGGAGAGCGAGACGCACCAGAGCGUGUCCCACGGCGAAGCGGCCGUCAUCCACGCCCCCCGCAUCGCCAGCUUCCCCCAGCCCCAGGUCACCUGGUUCCGGGACGGCCGGAAAAUCCCCCCCAGCAGCCGCAUAGCCAUCACGCUGGAGAACACCCUGGUCAUCCUGUCAACGGUGGCGCCCGACGCCGGCCGGUACUACGUGCAGGCCGUGAACGACAAGAACGGGGAUAACAAGACCAGCCAGCCCAUCACUCUCACCGUGGAGAAUGUCGGCGGCCCGGCCGAUCCCAUCGCUCCCACCAUCAUCAUCCCGCCCAGGAACACCAGCGUGGUGGCCGGCACCUCGGAAGUGACCAUGGAGUGCGUGGCCAAUGCCAGGCCGCUGAUGAAGCUGCACAUCGUCUGGAAGAAGGACGGGGCGCCGCUCUCCAGCGGGCUCAGCGACUACAACCGCCGGCUCACCAUCCUCAACCCCACGCUGGGCGACAGCGGGUACUACGAGUGCGAGGCCGUACUGCGCAGCAGCAGCGUGCCCGCCGUGGCGGAGGGCGCCUUCCUCGCCGUGCUGGAGCCGCCCCAGUUUGUCCAGGAGCCGGAGAGGCACGUCACGGCCGAGAUGGAGAAGGUGGUGACCAUCCCUUGCCAGGCCAAAGGCGUCCCGCCGCCAGCCAUGGCCUGGUACAAGGACACGGCCCUCGUGCACGUGGAGAAGCUCUCGCGGUUCCGGCUGCUGGGCGACGGGAGCUUGCAGAUCAGCGGGCUGGUGCCCGAUGACACCGGCAUGUUCCAGUGCUUCGCCCGCAACGCCGCCGGCGAGGUGCAGACCUCCACGUACCUGGCAGUGACCAGCAUCGCUCCCAACAUCACCAAGGGCCCCCUGGACAGCACCGUGAUCGACGGCAUGUCCGUGGUUCUCAGCUGCGAGACCUCGGGGGCGCCGAGGCCGGCCAUCACCUGGCAGAAAGGGGAGCGGAUCCUGGCCAGCGGCUCGGUGCAGCUGCCGCGCUUCACCCUGCUGGAGUCGGGCAGCCUCCUCGUCAGCCCCACACACAUCGCCGACGCCGGCAGCUACACCUGCUUGGCCACCAACUCCCGUGGGGUGGACGAGGCCUCUGCGGACCUCGUCGUGUGGGCCCGCACCCGCAUCACCAGCCCCCCUCAGGACCAGAGCGUCAUCAAGGGAACCAAAGCCUCCAUGAGCUGCGGCGUCGCCCACGACCCCAGCGUGGCCGUCAGGUACAUUUGGGAGAAGGACGGCGCACCCGUCAGCGUGGACGGCAUCCCGCGGCUCCGGCUGGACGAGGAGGGCACCCUGCACAUCUCCCAGACCUGGUCCGGGGACAUCGGCACCUACACCUGCCGGGUCCUCUCCGCCGGGGGCAACGACUCCCGCAGCGCCCACCUGCGCGUCAGGCAGCUCCCCCAUGCCCCGGAGAACCCGGUGGCCACGCUGAGCCCGCUGGAGAAACGUGCCAUCAACCUGACGUGGGCCAAGCCCUUCGACGGGAACAGCCCCUUGCUGCACUACAUCCUCGAGGUCUCGGAGAACAACGCCCCCUGGACCACCCUCAUGGCUAGCGUGGACCCUGAGGCGACCUCCGUGGUGGUGCGAGGCCUGGUGCCCGCGCGCUCCUACCAGUUCCGCCUCUGCGCUGCCAACGACGUGGGCAAAGGGCAGUUCAGCCAGGACACCGAGAGGGUGUCCCUGCCGGAGGAGCCCCCUACCGCGCCCCCCCAGAACGUCAUCGCCAGCGGCAGGACCAACCAGUCCAUCAUGAUCCAGUGGCAGCCGCCUCCUGAGAGCCACCAGAACGGCCUCUUGAAAGGCUACCUCAUCAGGUUCUGCCUGGCCGGCCUGCCCGUCGGCUAUCAGUUCAAGAACAUCACUAAUGCCGAGGUCAACAACCUGCUCCUGGAGGAUCUCAUCAUCUGGACCAACUACGAGAUCGAGGUGGCGGCGUACAACAGCGCCGGCCUGGGGGUCUACAGCGCCAGGGUGACCGAGUGGACCCUGCAGGGAGUUCCCACCGUGCCCCCGGGCAACGUACAGGCCGAGGCCACCAACGCCACCACCAUCCGCUUCACCUGGAACCCGCCCAGCCCCCAGUUCAUCAAUGGCAUCAACCAGGGAUACAAGCUGAUCGCUUGGGAGCCGGAGCAGGCGGAGGAGGUGACCGUGGUGACGGUGAGGCCCAACUUCCAGGACAGCAUCCACGUGGGCUACAUCGGGGGCCUGAAGAAGUUCACGGAGUACUUCACCUCCGUGCUGUGCUUCACCACGCCGGGCGACGGCCCGCGCAGCCCGCCGCAGCUGGUGCGCACCCACGAGGACGCGUCUCCCCCUCCCCAGCCGCUCCCGGAGCUGGAGUACAACGGGAACCCGGAGUCGGUGGGCUACAGGCUGCGGUACACGCGGGCGGACGGGCGGGGCAGGACGGUGGCGCACGUGAUCCACGACCGGGUGGAGCGGGAAUACACCAUCGAGGACCUGGAGGAGUGGACGGAGUACCGCGUGCAGGUGCAGGCCUUCAACGCCAUCGGGGCCGGGCCCUGGAGCCACGUCGUGCUGGGGCGUACCAGGGAGUCAGUCCCCUCGUCCGGCCCCACCAACGUGUCCGCGCUGGCCACCACCUCCAGCAGCAUGCUGGUCCGAUGGAAUGAGAUCCCCGAGGCGGAUCGCAACGGGCUCAUCCUGGGCUACAAGGUCGUGUACAAGGAGAAGGACUCGGACGCGCGGGCCCAGUUCUGGCCGGCGGAGGGGAACGCCUCCCGCAGCGCCCAGCUCGCGGGCCUGGCCAAGUACGUGCUGUAUGAGAUCCGUGUGCUGGCCUUCACCUGGAUCGGAGACGGCGCGCCCAGCUCCCCGCCCAUCCUGGAGAGGACUCUGGACGACGUGCCCGGGCCCCCGGUGGGCAUCCUCUUCCCAGAAGUGAGGACCACCUCAGUCCGGCUGAUCUGGCAACCUCCAGCCGCGCCUAAUGGCAUCAUUCUAGCGUACCAGAUCACCCACCGCCUGAACACCACCAGCGCCAACGCCGCCACCGUGGAGGUGCUCAACCCCAGCGCCCGCCAGUACACGGCCGCCGGCCUGCAGCCGGAGUCGACCUACCUCUUCCGCAUCACGGCGCAGACCCGCAAAGGCUGGGGCGAGGCGGCCGAAGCGCUGGUGGUGACCACCGAGAAGAGAGACCGCCCGCAGCCCCCCAGCAAGCCCGUGGUGCAGCAGGAGGACGUGAAGGCCUGCAGUGUGCUGCUGUGCUGGGAGCCAGGCAGCGACGGCCUCUCCCCGGUCCGGUACUACACCGUGCAGACCCGCGAGCUGCCGGCUGGCGAAUGGACACUGCACUCCGCCUCCGUCAGCCACAAUGCCACCUCCUUCGUCGUGGACAGGUUGAAGCCCUUCACCUCCUACAAGUUCCGCGUCAAGGCGACCAACGACAUCGGGGACAGCGAAUACAGCCAGGAGUCGGAGUCACUCACCACCCUGCAGGCCGCCCCAGAGGAAGCCCCCACCAUCCUCUCGGUCACGCCACACACCACCACCUCCGUCCUGAUCCGCUGGCAGCCCCCCAGCGAGGACAAGAUCAAUGGGAUCCUGCUGGGUUUCCGGAUCCGCUACCGCGAGCUGGUCUACGACGGGCUGCGCGGCUUCACCACGCGCAGCGUCAGCAGCCCUGGCGCCAAGUGGACGGAGCUCACCCCAGGGUACGCCGUGCGGAACCUGACCGGAGCCGGCCUCACGCACCACCAACUGGACAAUCUGAGCAAGCACAGGCGUUACGAGAUCCGCAUGAGUGUGUACAACGCCGCGGGCGAGGGGCCCUCCAGCCCCCCCCAGGAGGUCUUCGUAGGCGAGGCGGUGCCCACCGCCCCGCCGCAGAACGUGGCCGUUCAGACCGCCACGGCCACCCAGCUGGACGUCACGUGGGAGCCGCCGCCCCUGGAGGCGCAGAACGGCGACAUCCAGGGCUAUAAGAUCUAUUUCUGGGAGGCCCAGCGCCAGAAUGGCACGGAGCGGGUGAAGACGCUCUUCCUGCCCGAGAACGGGGCCAAGCUGAAGAACCUCACGGGAUACACCUCGUACCUGAUCACCGUCUCGGCCUUCAACGCCGCCGGGGACGGGCCUCGCAGCGCCCCCGUCAGGGGCAGGACGCAGCAGGCAGCCCCCAGCGCCCCCAGCACCAUCCGGUUCAGCGAGCUGACCACCACCUCGGUGAACGUCUCCUGGGAGCCGCCUCUCCUGCCCAACGGCAUCCUGGAAGGGUACAGGCUGGUCUAUGAGCCCUGCACGCCUGUGGACGGCGUGAGUAAAAUCGUGACGGUGGACGUGAAGGGGAACAGCCCCCUGUGGAUGAAGGUGAAGGACCUGGCGGAGGGCGUGACGUACCGGUUCCGGAUCCGGGCCAAAACCUUCGCCUACGGGCCCGAGAUCGAGGCCAAUAUCACCACGGGGCCGGGGGAAGGUGCCCCCGGACCGCCGGGCGAGCCCUUCAUCUCCCGGUACGGCUCAGCCAUCACGAUCCACUGGGCGAAUGGGGAUCCCGGCAAGGGGCCCAUCACCCGAUACGUCAUCGAGGCCCGGCCCUCAGACGAGGGGCUGUGGGACAUCCUCAUCAAGGACAUCCCCAGGGAAGUGACCUCCUACACCUUCAGCAUGGACAUCCUCAAGCAGGGGGUCAGCUACGACUUCCGGGUCAUCGCCGUCAACGACUAUGGCUAUGGGACGCCCAGUGCACCCUCCCCUUCCGUCUCAGCCCAGAAAGCCAACCCCUUCUACGAGGAGUGGUGGUUCCUGGUGGUCAUCGCCUUGGUCGGGCUCAUCUUCAUCCUCCUGCUGGUCUUCGUCCUCAUCAUCCGCGGGCAGAGCAAGAAGUAUGCCAAGAAAUCAGACUCAGGGAACAACUCCAAGGCGAACGCGCUGAGCCACGGGGAGAUGGUGAGUCUGGACGAGGGCAGCUUCCCUGCCUUGGAGCUCAACAACCGGCGCCUCUCCGUCAAGAACUCCUUCUGCAGGAAGAACGGGAUCUACACCAGGUCCCCGCCGCGGCCCAGCCCCGGGAGCCUGCAUUACUCAGACGAGGACGUCACCAAGUACAACGACCUCAUCCCGGCCGAGAGCAGCAGCCUGACGGAGAAGCCCUCGGAGAUCUCGGACUCCCAGGGGAGCGACAGCGAGUACGAAGUGGAUCAGAACCAGCAGAAGGCCCACUCCUUCGUCAACCACUACAUCAGCGACCCCACCUACUACAACUCCUGGCGGCGCCAGCAGAAGGGCAUCUCCCGGGCCCAGGCCUACAGCUACACGGAGAGCGAUUCCGGCGACCCCGACCACUGCCCCUUGUCCAACAGCACCAGCACCCAGCAAGGCAGCCUCUUCCGGCCCAAAGUCAGUAGGACCCCACCCCCCCAGCCGCCCAUCACCCCCCCCAGCCAGCAAAGCACCCUGUACCGCCCCCCCAGCAGCCUGGCGCCGGGCUCUCGAGCCCCCAUUGCGGGAUUUUCUUCUUUUGUUUGAUGGUUUCAAAAGAAAUAAAGAAAAGCGAAAAAGGACAAGAAAUCCCAAACCCACGUUUACGUCCAGAGUUAUUUUUUCCGAGGCAAAGGAGACGUCCCGGCAGGGCAAGCCCAGCGCUGGCCGGGGAGAGACAAGCGGACCCGGUUCGGAGUCUAAUCAUUUGCUGCUUCCAGAGGCGCAUGGAGCCCUAUAGAAGGGGCACCCCCUGAAAGGACCUUUGCAAAAGCUUGCAGGGCCGAGAGUCCGUCUGUGGGGCACCUUCUCUUCUCUUUGAGGCUGAGGGGCGGAGAGGAAAGUUACAGGGUAAAGGACAGCAGCUGGCGAGCUCCCGGCCGACGCUGGUGUCUCCACAGGGCGCUGGCUCCUUGCGGGCGGGUUUACUCAAGGGCCUUUGCUGACAGGACAAACCCACCCCUUGUGGGCCAAAGCUUUCUUUGUGCGCUCCCUGAAAGACCAGCCAGCUAGCGUCCAGAGGAGCGGGGCGUGCAAGUGCCGUCGGCCAGCGUGGUCGCACAAGACUUCAACCGGCGAACCCACACCAGUGACCAACGGUGUCCUCGGCGCAGCACCGCAGAGCCUGACGUGGGAUGGGAACGGUGCUGCUCUUCCGCUCAGCGUUAGGUGGGAACAACGCUUGCAGGCCCUUGCUUCCCAGUGGGCCGCAGACGUGCCCGAUGGCCCGCGUGCUGGACGUGGGACCCGCUUUGCCAGGCUGCCCGCUCGGCUCGCCGGUCCCUCCUCUGCCAGUCUCCUCUCCUGUCUCCCCGUGACACGCCAUGUCAGAGUGUGGAAAAGUGACAAACCAAAACACAAAGCCCGUAGGCAGCCAUUUGGUUUGCUGCAUUGGGGCGGGAUAUGGGGGGUGGAGAGUAGAUUUGGGGCGGGACGGGGAUGCUGGAGUUGUGAUCGAUUUACUUGAAUCCUUCUGGAGGAGACAUCCCCCUCCCAGCCCCCCUUAUCCCUGGCGAGAAGCUGGGGAGGGGGCCUCUGCGGCCGAACUGCGCCACGGGGCAGGUGACCAGCAUGGGGGCGUCGCUUAUCGGCACGGCAAUUCAUUUCUUCCUUCCUUGGCCCCAUCCUGGAGGGGGGGAGGGAAAGGAAAAUGCCCCGGGGCCCGGGAUGGUUGUGGGACGAGAUGUACCCUCCACCUACAACGUGGUCCUCUCCCCCUGGCUUGGGACGGACGCCGCCCCUUUAACUCCAGCAGAACAGAGGGGGCGGGGUGGGGCUCUGCUGGCAUGAUGGAUUGGCAGCCACAGUCUUUGUUUUGUGUUGUUUUAGUGCCCAGGUUUGGCGGGGGAUGCGAGGGGAGGGGGCCAGAAUCGGGAUGAGGGGGAUCGGUGGUGGUGGUUGUUUCCAGCAUCGCAAAACACACACAGUGCCUACUCAUCAGCUGGAUCCCGAACUCCUCAGCCGUCUUCCCUUCCGCACGGGUGCGAAGUACGAGCUGGAGGGUCCGGCUGUCCCCCGCUGUGUCCCCGUCCUUCUGCGGAGGGGGGCCGGAGCUGUCACCGUGGUGAUUAGCCCCACGUGCUCUCGCCCGUAUUUGCACAUUCUCGGCCCAGGCUGGUUGACAGAGGACUGAACCUGGUGCGUGGGGUCCCUUUAAUAAAGACUCAAAAGCGCUG